CUAAACUGCGACACAACUGGCUGUAAGAGGCGGAAGUCACCAGCUGUUUAACAUUUUCGGUUCUGCUUCUUGCAGCUUAAAUCAGGACUAGAGGAAAUCAGUCCUCAGGAAGAUAUUUCCACAAUGUUCACUCUGAAGCUGCUGCUGCUGGGCUUCCUGGUCCAGCUGGGACGGGCUCAGACCUGUGACUGGGACCAGUCCGCCGAUCCGAACCAGAGCCUCCACCCGGACUCCCUCGCAGCCGGGGCGCGCUACCUGGGCCAGACUCAGGAGGUGUCGGACGAGGAGAGCUGCCGGGCCGCCUGCUGCGAAGAGGCGGGCUGCGACCUGGCUGUGGUCGGUCGGCCGGCGGACGGAGGGAUGCAGUGCAUGCUGGUGAGCUGCGGGCCGGCCGGCUGCUCGCUGCAGCAGAACUCCCAGUUCCAGGCGUUCCGGAAGAAGCAGCAGCGCGAGGCCGAGCAGGAAGCCCCCACAGGCGGGCACGUCGUCCCGCUGCUGGACGCCGUAGAGCCGCGGAGCAACAACAGCGAUAUUUGCCGUCUGCCUCAGAACACGGGUCCAUGUCGCGGGGCGUUCCCCAGGUUCUUCUACAACGUGACGAGCCAGACCUGCACCAGCUUCAUCUACGGCGGCUGCCAGAGCAACGGCAACAACUUCCAGUCCCAGGAAGAGUGCAACAACGCCUGCAGCGGCGUCACCGGUUCGGUUCUGCUUGAAGACGUCCCAACUUCUGCUCCAGAGUCGGCUCCCAAAGCUCCUCGGAUGGCCCCCCAACUCAAGUCCGAAAUCUCAGCUGAUCAGUUUGCAGAGCUGUGUGAAGCGGAGUAUGAGCAGGGUCCAUGCAGAGCUUCCUUUCAGCGCUGGUACUACAACAAAGAGACGGGCAUCUGUCAGACCUUCUACUACGGCGGCUGCAAAGGAAACAAGAACAAUUACAUGGAUGAGAACCAUUGCAAGUCCACCUGUACAGGAGUCUCUGUCCUGCCUUCCUCCAAGAAGAUCCCAGAAGACGACACAGAUCGUUGCAGUUUGAGUCGUCAGUCUGGAGUGUGUCGCGGCGCCUUCCCCAUGUUCUUCUACGACUCUGACUCCGCCUCCUGUAAGACCUUCAUCUACGGCGGUUGUGGUGGGAACGACAACAAGUUCGAGUCUGAGGAGGAGUGCAUGUCUGUGUGCAGUGGGACAGGUCGGCUCGAUAGUCAUGAUGAAACCAGAAGCAGAUGGGCUGCAGCCUUCUUCCUCUUCGUCACUCUGGCAAUAAUCUCCGCCCUGCUGCUCGCCACGCUCGUCAUCUUGACUGUGAGACGCCGCCGACAGUUCCGCCGCUACUCCUCCAUCAGUGACAAGCGGGGGCUAAUCGCAGACGAGCUGUCGUCUCAGGACUCGCUGAGCAUCCCGGAAAGCCCCAAACCGGAACCAAAGGCCUGAGGGGUCCGGGUCCACCGGGGCUCGGACUCAGAACUGAUCCGCUCUCUCUUCUUACAGGGAUUCAUCAGGGUGACAAGAAUGUGAUCCAAGGUUGGAUCCAUUAUCCUACAAUCUGUUAAUUAUCUUCAGUCAUAGGCGACUAAAGGGGCGGAGCUUCAGUUCUGAGGCGGAGCUCACAGCUUCAAUAAAUGUUUUCUUCUCCUUGCAGCAUAAGAGCUCUGGCUGAUUUGUCAUCGAUCACCUCUAUUGAUCACCACUUACUGAUCACCUCGUUAAAGGAGCCAUUUGAUUGGCAGAGACCCUCCAGGCUCAAAGUUCAACCCAAAUUGCAGCUGGUCCUGUCUUCAGGGACCGGUUCCUGUCCAGGUCUCCUGACUAAUCGGUAAAACCGAUUCAACCCUGAUUUUAAAUUUCCAGACAUGAAUCAGCUCCUGGUUUCUUGUCAGAAACAAAGUAAUUGAUUAUAACUGACCAUCAAUUGGGAAUGAUUCAGAUUCGUGAUUAUUGGCGUUUCUUUCAAAGAGAAACAUUUAAACUUCCUGUCUGCAGUCGAACCAGCAACUUCUCCAAGGAUCUGUGGUUCUGGGUAGUUCUGCCUGUAUUGAUCACUUGUCUGAUCAAUACAGGCAGAAGUUCUGGUUCUGGACUUCAUCUCCGGUGAAGCUCUGAGUGUUUCUCCAAAUAUCGGCACCAAUCAGAUUCUAACGUCACUUCAGAUCCCGCCACAAAGUCCAUUAACAGCCAGAACUUCACAGGAGGCGAUCAGAACCAUCCAGAACCUGCAGAGUUUCUGAUUACCAAUAGAUCAAUACAUUAGAUCAGCACCUCGUCAUGUGCUGUUUGGACUGUACUGGUUCUGUUUCCUGGCUCCGCCCAGAGCUCGGAGCAGAGCCUCUGAUUGGCCGUCAGGAGGAUACUGUUCCUUUAAGGUUGAUGUGAUUAUUGAUCAGUGAGCUGAUCAGUUGACAGAUCGGAGCUCAGAAAGUUUUAAUUAAAUAUGUUAAAAUUAAACUUUGAUGUUUUUCUUAUGUAAUUAAAUCAAUUAUUCAAGGAAUCGUUUUGAUCAUUUUCACUUAAUCAAUUAUUGGUAAUUUUUCAGUGGGGUUACAAUAAUUAUUGAUGAAUGUUUGCUGUUUUCCCUAUCAGUUAUAAAUGUUAAUCAGUUUUUAAUAGAAGUUGUGUAUGUGGGCUAUUGAUGAUAGUAAUCAGAUGUGUAUUGAUUGAUCGGGAAGUGACAGAAUCAGCCUGCAGGUGGAAAACCAUACCACUAAAUUAUUACUGUUACUGCUAAACUCCAUUUCCCAUGAUGCACCUGCAGUCUGGUUCCCUCUGCAGGCUGAGAUCUGAACAGCUUCUGUCAGUUUUAUUACUUAUUGAUCAGGGAAUCUGUCAAGUGUACUGUUGGAAUCACUUUUAAGUUUUAUUGCUUUUUAAAGUGUCACUGUGAUCAAUAAUCUGAUCACCAAUCUAUUGAUCUCAGCAGGGUCAUUCUGGAGUUUAUCGAGCUACUUUUAAAUACCACUUAAGCAAUUAGCUAUUGAUCAGGUUAUUGAUCGGCUAAUUUUUAAACAUUCUGUUGUGAUCAAUUUUCUGAAUGAAAAGCGGAAAACUCUCCACAGAAACAAUAAAUAAAAUGUAACCAAUUCAG